AUGAAAACACAUUUUUCUCCUCGCCCGGUUCAUGUCACUCGUGUCAGCACCCACGCCAUCCCUCGCGCUAAAAGUGCGGCAAAUAAACAACAGCAACAGCGACGUCGGCUGCACCGCAAGCUUCAAUUGGAUGACUUCAUACUCAAACGAACUGUUGGCACUGGUUCUUUUGGUCGUGUGCAUUUGGCUCAGAGCAAGGUCAAUGGCAAACACUAUGCGAUCAAGGCCCUUGAUAAAUAUGACGUUGUCCGAUUAAAGCAAGUAGAACACAUCAAUAACGAGCCUACCAUCCUUAGAGAAGUCGCACAUCCCUUUGUGGUCACUCUCUGGGACGCCUUUCAGGAUGAUACACAUCUGUUCAUGGUGAUGGACUAUGUUCCCGGUGGUGAACUAUUUAGCAUCUUACGGAAACAAAAGAAAUUUGAUGAACAAACUGCGAAAUUCUAUGCUGCAGAGGUCGUCCUGGCGCUAGCCUAUCUGCAUGAAAAGGAUAUUGUCUAUCGAGACUUGAAACCCGAAAACAUCCUGGUAGAUGAUCGUGGUCAUGUCAAGCUAACCGAUUUUGGAUUUGCUAAACGUAUUGAAGAUACCACUUGGACUGUCUGCGGCACACCCGACUAUCUGGCCCCUGAGAUCAUCAUUUCCAAAGGCUACACAAAAGCAGUCGACUGGUGGGGCUUGGGCGUUCUCAUAUACGAAAUGGUCACAGGAAAGGCACCUUUUAUCGACAAGAAUCCUGUGAACUUGUAUCAAAAGAUCUUGGAAUGUCGAGUGGAGUGGCCAGAAGACAUGAGCCCUGAACUCAAAGAUUUACUACAAAACUUGCUUACAUCUGAUCUCGAAGUACGGUUCACAAGCAAAGAGAUCAAGAAGCACGCCUGGUUUGAUAGCAUUGAUUUUGAACAAGUCUUGAAACGUAAAGUGAAGCCACCGUAUGUGCCCAAGGUUAAAGACGAUGGUGACACGACAUGUUUCGCAAAAUAUAAAGAACCAACCAAUCUAUAUGGCAUUGUCCGUAAAGAUCCCUUUAGAUCAAAAUUUCCGGCAUUUUAA